UUUAAUUCAUUCGAUAAAUUGAUUAUUUUUUCCUCCGUUCCUUAAAAUCAAUAAUUUACAAAACAAAAAGAGAUGCGUUCUUUACAGUAAAAUAAUCCCUGAAUGUUUGGGAAAAUCACGUGACUUUCAAUGACUAUACGGAAUCAGCCUGUAAAUCUAAUCAAUAUACGGUGUAUACAUAACUCGCUUGUAUUGGGUGUAGAUCAGAAAGGAAGAGAGGGAUAUAUAUGUUUUCCCAAUAUGAAACACCGAAAGCUCGAUCAGAGCUUCGAGCUGAGAACAUCUGAGUUUUAGAAUUCAAUACAAAAUCUGGUGACUGCAGUAUUCGGUGUUUCAAAAUGAGCCAAACAAGUGAAUUAUUGUCUGAUGACGACACGGCCAGUGGCGUGACUUUUUCUGAUAAGGACAUGGAGCGUGGAAAAUUUGAAAGACAACACACGGAAAUGUCCGAAUUAUCAGACGAUAGUUUUUUGACUUAUCAACCACUCAUUCCAAAUGAUAACCGCCAGGAAGCGGGACUUGUUGAAAACCAAUUGGUUAAUAAUGGGGAAAUUCAGUGCAGUUGUGAUAAUUGCCGAGAGGAGUCUCUUCAAACAAUGUAUGAAAACCAACAAAUGAUUGCUGAUGAUGGAGAGUGUAUGUGUGAAAAUUGUGUAAAAUCUAGACAAUAUAUUCAGUACGAAGGAACAAGUCAUAGAAACCAAGGUCAUUGGCAAGCACAAGGUCACUGGACUGGAAUCAGCAUUUCUGAUGACGACAUAGAAAUCAUUACAGAUUCAAACUACUAUCACGAUAAAAACGUGUUUUAUAUUGACCCUUCAGUUGCUAGAAGUUUAUUAAGUGAAUUUUUGGUGAGGGAAAAUCCACAACGAGCCAAUUUGCAAAUUCACGUGGACUCUCGGACCAAACGACAGAAGUUUGUAGCUCGUGCUGUGAUGAUCGUUUCCAUGACGAUGUUUACGGUCAGUGCCCUUCUUGUGAUGGUCUCUCUCAUUAUGUCGGACAAGAUUGACGAUCUCGUGAGAGGAAACAACAAUCUCCUGCAGAAGCACGUGCUUUCGAGCACCCCGCCCUCAGCCGAGGUUAACCUUACUGACGUCAUAACCAAUCUCACCGCGGGACCCGGAUGACAAACUGACAGGGGACUAGCACAAAUUUGAGCAUUCCAGUGCAUUGCAAUGCAUUCCAAUUGUUUUAGUAACAUGUAUGUGGAUGAAGCGGUUUUUUGGGCAAUCUUUCAGACUCGCUCUGAGGUAGUGUUAGAAACAGAAGGAUAUUGCUUUCCCAACCCGAUGGGAUCCUACAAUGGAUAUAUUUUUUACAUUUUGAAUCAGAAUGAAACCGGACAGCAAAGCCUUCGGAAGAGUCACUUUUUUGUUCGUGGAGAAGCAUUGUAGAAAUAUUGAAAUGCCAUCAUAUUGAUUAGCAAAAAGCAGCUUGUAAUGGCACACGAAUAAGACAACUUUUUUCAUGCAUUUUUAGAGAUUAGUCGGUACAGAGUAUCAACUGUACUUAUAUAAAACACCAGUUUGUCUGAAUUCCAUUAAUCAUCGAUGUACUUUGUAAUAUGUUGACUUUGAUGUUGAGUAUGGCAAAUAACUGACAGUGAAGAAUCAUUGAGCACGGAACUGUUUGUUAUGAUCUUAACUUUUGUUUGAAUAAAAAAAUAAAGUAAACUAAAUUGUUUCAUUCGAAACAAUUUUUGAUUAACUAG